ACCUCCACCCCAUCCAUGGCUUCCCGGCAUCCUCAACCGCAUCCACUCAUCCAUCAUCACCGAAUCUCACCUCCUCCACCAAGCAAACCAAAGGAAGCGAAGCGAAGCAAGCAUGUGCCCGGGCCUCCGCAACGCCAUGGCCUCGCCCUCCGCCCGCGCCGCGCACGACCACCCCUCCUCCUCCGCAACGUCAACCCCUCCGCCGCAUCCAUGGCAUCGCCGUCGCCCUCCUCGACAACCUCGUCGCCGCCGCGCUCCUCCUCCAGGCCGGCGCUCACGGCGUCGCUCAGCUCGCGGGAGCUGGACUUCGACGCCGACAGCCAGUACGCGCGCAGGAUGAUGAUGGCCAGGGCCAGCUCACCGCCGGACAACUACUCGCCCGACCUCGUCGCCGCCUACGUGCAGGCGCUCUCCUCCCUGCAGCACCAGCAGCAGCACCAGCAACAGCAGCAGAGCAGCGCGCGCGGCAGCACCAAGCCGCCCAUGGGGAUGGGGGGGCUGAGCGCCCGCGCCGCCGCCUUCACCAACCGGAGCCAGACCUUCGUGCACCGCUCUCCGUCCCCGGCUCCGUCUCUGGCUCCGGCGCGGUCGUUCAAGUCCCCGGCGCCGUCGUCCAUGCUGGCGGACUGGGGGUCGCCGGACGGGAAGCUGGACUGGGGCGUGCAGGGCGCGGAGCUGCGCAAGUCCACGUCUUUCGGGGUCAGAAGCAGCAGCAGGACGCAUGAUGCGACGAGGCAGGAGGACAUGUACUCGUCGUGGAUGAACGACGGCGGCAGCGACAUGCUGGCGGCGCGGUGGUCGGACCUGGAGCAGAUGGUCGCCUAGUUAAUUAAUUCACAUUUUCGUUACAGUUUUUGUAGCUGAAGAAGAAAUUAAGAAAUACUACUCCACUCCACUCCACUCCAGUAUAUAAGGAGAAACAAAAAGAUGGAAGAUAUGUAAUCGUUCUUUGUUUUUUUCAAACAUGUUCUGCUCGAACAGUGAUAAAAAGAAAAUUUCACGCCCAA